AUGACGUCCCGCAGCAGCACUGCUGGCGAGACUCCGGACUCGGAGGUCGGCGGCGGCGGCGCACACAGCAGCAUCAACGAAAGUCGCUCGCAUAGCCGUCAGCGCGAUCACGACCAGGACAACGACCACGAUCACGACGACGACCAAGACCACCCCAACCAGCCCGCUCGCAAGCGCCAGCGCGUGCGUCUCAGCUGCCUCGAGUGCCGCCGCCGGAAGCUGUCGUGCGACCGCGGCUUCCCCUGCGAGCGAUGCAUCAAGAGUGGCACCCCCGACCGGUGCAGCUACGAGUCGCGCAACGGCGAGGUCGUCAACGCCUCGUCCGGUAUCCCCCCGCCCUUUGCACAGCUCGACGCCCGUCGUCUGGGCAUCGGCGACUCGCUGUCGCCCCGGGAUUCCGACGUCAUCCGUCAGGACCACGACCGCAUCCGUCGGCUCGAACACGAGAUCUCGCAGCUCAAGAAUAUCAUACAACGCGGCGGCGCUGGCUCCUCGUCGCUCGACGGGAGCACCCUCGCCGGUACGGGCAGCUCGCCCGGCACGCAAAAGGAGGAUGGCGCCGCCGGGCACGUGCCCGACGGUCUGCCCCGGCCCGAGGUGCAGGAGUGCAUCGAGGCCACCAACCAGAUGUCCGGGGAGAAUGGCGAGCUGCGAUUCUUCCGCGGCAAGGGCUUCCGCACGCGGUACUUUGGUCCGCACAACGCCAGCAUGGCCUUUGUCGAGCUGACCGGCCUGUGCCCCUUCAUGCGCGAGACGGCCGACGAGUGGCUCCGGCCCGUCAUCGUGCACGACCGCAAGGACCGCACCCUUCGCCGCGAGGAGCGCGAGAGGAUGUACGAGCAGCCGGAUCCGGAGCUCGAGGCCCUGCUCCCGCCCCGCGAGGACGUCGACGCCCUCGUGUCGGUGUACCUGAACCAGUUUGAGCAGGUGCACCGCAUCGUGCACAUCCCCACCUUCCGCAAGGAGUACGCGCGGUACUGGGAGCCAGGGUCCGGCCAUAGGCACGCUGCCUUCACGGCCCUGGUCAUGGGCAUGAUGGCCGUGGCCAGCUGCGUGCGCACGCACGAGACCCUGCGCUUCAUCGGCAUGAUGUCCAACGCGCGAUACUGGGCCGAGAAGUGGAUCUGGGCCAUCGACAGCUGGCAGUCGCGGCAGAGCAUGAAGCACCGCCGGCUCAUCCACUACCAGGUGGCCUGCCUGCUCUACCUGAGCAAGCGCGUCAACACGAUCAAGAAGAAGCGCUUCUGGACGGGAUCGGGCGCGCUGAUCCAGGACGGCAUCGCCGUCGGCCUGCACCGUGAGCCCAGCCACAUGGGCGGCAAGAUCGACGUGUACAACCAGGAGAUGAGACGGCGCAUCUGGGCGACGGUCCAGGAGUUCGACAUGCAGGCCUCGUUCGACCACGGGCUGCCCACCCUGCUGAGCCAGCUGCACUACGACACGAAUCCGCCGCGCAACCUCGACGACGAGGACUUUGACGACGCGACGACGGUGCUGCCGCCGUCCAAGCCCACGAGCGAGUACACCUUCUCGUCGUUCCAGCACCUGUCGCGGCAGUCACUGCCGCUGCGCCUCGAGCUCAGCCGUCUGCUGACGGGGCCAACGUCGGAGAUCGACUACGAUCAAGUGAUCCGGUACACCAACGACCUGACGCAGGAGAUCGACGCCCUGCCCUCGUGGGACAUGAACGUCUCCGGCAACGGCGGCGACGAGGACGGGCAGGACGGCAACGGUUGCGGCAGCGGCAGCCCCAAGUCGUGGAGGUGCAGGAAGAACCCGCUGACGGCCUACACGCUCCUCCACGUGCAGCUGCGGCAGUACAUCAUCCCGCUCCACCAGCCGUACCUGAAGCUCCGCAAGCAGAACUCCAAGUACCAGUACUCGGAGAUCAUCUACUACAACGCGGCGCGCGACAUCGUGCUCCUGCACGACAAGCUGUACGAGCAGGGGAUCCGCGCCCUCAACUUCCUGCGGGAGGACGCCCUGACGACGGCCAUCAACCUCUGCAGCGUCACCAUGCUCCAGCCCCGCGGAUCCACCAACAUGAUCAUGAUCAACUCCCCCCACACCGUCAAGCUCAUCGAGAAGUGCCUCGCCAUGAAGGAGGACCGCCUCCUGCGCUGCGGCAACAACGAGCCCUGGGGCUACUCCAUCAUGUGCGCCGCCCUGGGCCUCCUCGAGGCUCACCUGGGCACCAAGACCACCGAGGCCGCCAAGUCGACCUCGGCCGAGCGCUUCGUCAACCUGCACUACAAGCUCCUGGGUAACCAGGAACCCGUCCCGCCUGCCGACCACGUCCCCCUCCAACCGCAACUGCUGGGACCGCUGCAGAAGCACCAGCAGGAGCAGGUGCAGCAGGCUCAGAAUCAUCAUCCCCAGGCUCCUUCUACGCCUGUCGGUGCCAUGGGUCCUCCGGCCAUGAGCAUAGCUAGUACUACACCCGGGCUGCCGUCGGAUGCCAUGUCGGACAGAACAAAGUCCGUCCUACCGCUCUCAUUCACACCAGGCAUCGGUACUUCGUCGCUCGACCCGUCCACAGUCCCCUGGAUGCUACCAAAUGACCAGACUCAGCCUUUCAACCUCGAUCCUAGCCUCGAACUGCUCGGUCUCAAUCUAAACGAGAUCUGGGGUGAGUCUUGGGAACUUGGUUAG